CCGAGUGGACGUUCGUACCGAUUCAACCUUUAAACCUUCCUCGGUUGUUCGCGUGUUCAUAAUAUUACAAUUUAAACGUGAAAUUACAGGAACCGAUCACAAUCUCAGAUAAAUCGCAUCAAUGUGACUGAGAACAAAGAUGGACCUCAAAUAUCUGAUCCUGAUGAUUGCACUUGCGACUAUAGAAAUAAAUGUAACAGAAAGUAGACAAGAUAAAAGGAGAUGGAAAAAUGAUAAAGGACCGUAUUCUCUUUACGUUAACGUCUGCGAUAUUCAAGAUAGGGCAUCUAAAGUGCACUGCUAUUGCGAGAGCACUGACAUCAAAACCGCGACGAAGGCAGAUUGUUGGGUCUUCAAUGGCGGCAUCGCUGAAGACGACCCCUUUUGGUCAAACUUUUACUCACAGCCGCGAAUUGAGAGACUGACUUUUAACGUGAGAGCAGACGGCGGAUUGACUUACAUACCGGCCAAAGUCAUAGUUAGAUUAGAGAGGCUACAGUACCUGAAUGUGCAGUAUGCCAAUAUCUACAGUAUCCCUUCGUUUGCUUUCACAAACUCGACAACCCUUCGAGAAGUUAUUCUGCCCAAAAACAAAAUAGCGAAGCUCGAAAAGAUGUCAUUCGCUCAUCUCAUAAUGUUAUUAAAUGUUAGCUUAACAGAAAAUCAGAUAUCGGAGUUGAAGCGAGACGUGUUUUAUGUAUUACCAAAUCUCCAAAGGCUGGAACUCACUAAGAAUAUCCUGAGCGUUCUGCAUGACGGAUGCUUCAAACAUCUCAACAAUUUGAUCAAGCUGGAUUUAGACCACAACCUGCUGACGGUCAUCAUCAGAGAGAACUUUCAGGGCUUGUCUAACCUCAUUACACUGAACAUGAGGAACAACAAAUUAACUAUGGUAGGGGACCUCGCCUUCGCCGAACUUUGGAGUCUUCAAGAACUUUACCUGGACGCAAAUGAAAUAGAAUUUAUAUCCGAGAGGGGUUUCGGGGGAUUGACUCAGCUUCGAAAACUUUAUUUAGCCGAUAAUAAGUUGGCGACGUUAGACGAAGGAAUUUUUGGCGAUGUUCAGAAGUUGAACGUUUUGGAUCUGAGGAACAAUAAGUUGGAGACUCUGAAACAGGAGGCCGUUCAAAAUGUUUUAGAAAACAUGAAGUCGAAUUAUGCGGUAAUCUCUCUCGACGGUAACAAAUUGACGUGCGACUGUCGUCUAUCAUGGCUUCUGAAACUGCAAAAUGAAACAAGAAGCAAACGUCUCAGAGCCUCAAUAAACCGUCUCAACUGUGUCGAUGCAAAAAAUAAGAUUACCGCUGAACUUAAAAUUGAAAAUGAUGACAAACUUAAGAUUAAGAAGCAAGGUCCAGAUUAUGAUGAUGACAGUGAUGAAAUUAGCGAUAAGUACUAUGAUGAUGCGAUGCAAGACCAAGAAAAUGAUUCUGGAGAUAGUAAAGUUGAAUACAGGAGGAGACUGACUGAUAUUCCAAAGGAAUUUUUGGCUUGUUCCAAUCGCUUGGUUCACGGCAUCACGUUUUCACCGCCUACCCAAGACGAGGUUAAAUAUUACAAAUCUUCAUCUAGCACGCGGGUUUUGGGCUCAUUUUCUAUUUUAUAUUUUCUGUUUGGAUUCUCGAAAUUAUUUUAGCGUAAUUAAUGUUAGGUAUUAUGAGAAGUUACUUUAUUACUUAUUAGUGGUGGUAGGGCGUCUACUGGGCCCAGCACGGGUAGGUACCAUCGCCCUACCUAUUUACGUUGUUGAUGUCUAUGACAUCCGGUAAGCACUUAACAUCAGGUGGGCCGUGAGUUCGUCCACGCAUCUAAGCAAUUUAAAAAAUAUUUCAGAUUUUAUCUUUCUUAUUGUGCAUCAUUACAUUAGCAAUGGACCUACCUGGUGGUGACUAAUGAGAGCUGUACAAUCGCUCCGGGGUAGAUUUAUAAAUCUCGUUUGAAGGAAGUUCCAUGCCACUUAAGUAAUAUCCCAGAGAAGAGAGCUUCAAUUUGCCUGAUAAAAAUUAUCUCUAAUAAUAUCUCGCAUAAGUAUAUUUCAAUUUAAGCUAUACUCAAAAUUUAUGAUGAGUAAUUAAGUAAUGAUGAGGAAGAUGAGUAGUAUUUCGGGUGAUGCUGUAUAUUUCUGAACGAAAUUCAUUAUAAGCUAUAUGUUUAAAUUGAUACCUUACUGUCCUCAGUUUAGAACGCGUAGUUUUGUCACUUUUAACAAAUUAUCAGCAUAUUUUAAGAAACUAUGUAUGUAAUAUAAGAACGAUGCAUAUAAGAAUGAUGAUUAUUUUCAAUCAUUACACUCACAUUGUUAAUGAUAUAAUAUAGUCCGCCAUCUAAAAACUAUUCAUAAAAUACCCAACAAAUAAGUUAAGUAUUAUUUUAGAUGUCAGUUCAAUACAAUUGGUAAAUUAAUUUGCGUAAUUACUGAUCGUAUUGUGGUAGGUGGUCUUCUAAGUCUGCCGCGUCUAUUUCCGCCGUGAAGCAGGCAUUAUUUCUUCCGCUAUGUACAAGUGAGAUUUCGAACUCUUGUCUCAAGGUGGGUGGUGGUCUUUCCGUUGCUUUAUUUAUAGUUUCAGCAACGACUCAUCAGGUGGGCUCAUUUAAUAACACAAACCCUAAAAAAAUCAUAAUCGUAAGUAAAAUGGACCCAAAGAAGCAUCUGGGUUGAUUUUUCAUCAGAUAAAAGUUAUCGAACAAGAAAGUUAUAUGUAACCUAUAAAAUUCUGUUAAAACAACUGUCUUUCAUUCAUGUUUAGUUUUAUGAAUAUAAAUGAAUAACUUAUUUUACUUUAUAACUUAAUAAAUUAAGAAUUCAACAGACCAAAGUAAAUUAUUAAUUUUUGAGAUUGUAGAAUAAUGUGCAAAAAAUUUUACAAAUAGGAAUUAGUUAGGAACUACUUUAUCUAAAUGUAUUAAUGAAUAUGAGUUUUAUUCCAAAAACGUUGACGACA